CAUGCCCCAAGCAAGAACGAAACGAGCUCAUAUGCCUUUUCUGCUCCUGACCCGCACGAACCGCGGACGUGUCCGUCCGCCGUGCUCUCGCCGUCUGGGGACCGAGGCGCGACCCGGGGGAUCCUCGCCGAAAACGCGCCCAGCCUCGCCUGUCUCGCACCAUAGGCGGAAGUGUUCGAACGGGGCAAUUCCGGGUGGCUCGCACCGUGGUUGCGGGAGCCCAGGGGGGCAACUCCGAGGCGGCGCCCCGGGCCCGCACUAGCAGGCGCCCUCUGCGUAUGUUAAAAGUUGCGAUGCAGGCAGCUGGCUGUGGAAACGGUGCGCCAGCAGCACGUUCCGCUUGGGAUGCAAGCCAAACAAGGGAAAGCGUGCGAACGUGCCGCGGACAUGAGCGUUUCACUCGUGCGACAGAGGGGGGACAGAGAGCGCCAGCGCCCGAAGUACGAAUACGUGCACUCAAAAAAGGAGAGGGAGGGAGGGAGAGAAUGAGAGGGAGAGAGAGACAGAAGGAAAAAGAUCGAGAGAGGGAACGAGACAGAGAGACGGUGAGAGGGGGCGAAUCGCUUCUCCCCGACAGGGCGCGCAGCUACAGCGCAAAAGGCGGCGCUGCUGCUUGCCAGCUGACAGUGGUGCAGGUCCGGGCGGGUGUGCGACCGUCGAUGUGCGCCGGCGAGGAGGACCCCAACGGCCAUCUCGACACGCCUCUAUUCCCCCCCCCAACGUUGCCCCUGAUCUCCCCCGCCCUCCUCGACACAUCGUGGCCAGCGGGCGGCGGAGGGCCGCUCCGCGCCGCGGGGCCCGCGCCGCAUCAGGGCAUGGAGGACCGCGCCGCGUGG